AUGAAUUUGACCUCUUCCCAUCUGUUCUAUAAUGUGAGCAGUAAUGCCUUGAGGCCAACUUGGGUCCCUUAUGCCUCAACGGAGGUUGGCGAGGAAGUCCUGCUGUUCUCCCUGAAGCUCAUGAUGGAUGACUGGUCCUAUCAGAGGCCUUCAAACUUGUACUUCCUGGGUGAUGUUAUUAAUAUUGAGGCAUCUGUGAAGGUGUACAACCACGUCCCACUGCGUGUCUUUUUGGACCACUGUGUGGCCACCCAAGUACCUGAUGUGAAUGCUCUUCCGAGAUAUUCCUUCAUUGAGAAUCAUGGGUAAAGUCAUGUCACUUGAUUCUC